UAGACGGCGGCCUUUCACUGCUGCUCUUCUUUUCUUGCAAACUUGCCGCUCUGACCUCAGCAUUUCAGACCUUAUUUCCCACCAACUAUGGCACGAAAGUCGCCGCUUCUCAUUGUGUGCCUGCUGCUUGUAGCUGCUCUCAGCUCGGAGGUUUCAGCGGACGGUUUAGUCAACGAGGAUGUGAAGAGGACAUUGGAUCUGAGCACUCAUCUGGCUAAGAUCACAACGGAGAUCGUGCUGUCCAACCAGGGACAGUCCUCCGUUCACAGCUUCGUGUUGGCGGUGGAAGCUGACCUGGCACCGCACCUGGCGUAUAUCGGAGCCUCGGUAAAAGGUGAUGAGGAGGAGGAUGGCACGCUCCAGCUCGAGCAGACAACAGUUCGGGGUCAAAGUGGGGAGUUUUACAAAGUGCAGCUGCCCUCCAGUCUGGCUCCAGGUGCUCAGCUGAAAGCAAAGGUGGAUAUGACAUUUAGCCAUGUCCUGAAGCCUUUCCCCACACACAUCACCCAGGCUGAGCAUCAGCUGGUGAUCUUCCAGGGGAACCACUAUUGGUACUCCCCGUAUCCCACCCGCAGCCAGACCACACGUGUCCGCCUGGCCUCCAAGACUGUGGAGAGCUACACCAAGCUGGGCAACCCCAGCAAGACGGAUGAGAUUAUCGAGUACGGACCCUUCCGAGACAUUGCUCCUUUCAGCGAGGACACCAUGAAGAUCCACUAUGAAAACAACACCCCCUUCCUCACGAUAACCAGCAUCAUUCGCACCAUUGAGGUGUCCCACUGGGGCAACAUCGCUGUAGAAGAAACCGUAGAUCUGAGACACACGGGAGCCAUUCURAAAGGGCCCUUCUCACGUUACGAUUACCAGCGCCAGUCAGACAGCGGCAUCUCAUCUGUCAAGUCCUUCAAGACCAUCCUUCCUGCCUCGGCUCAAGACGUUUACUACCGGGACGAGAUUGGCAACAUCUCCACCUCCCACCUGCAGGUUCUGGACGACUCUGUAGAGGUGGAAGUCAGGCCUCGGUUCCCCUUGUUCGGAGGCUGGAAAACCCACUACAUCAUCGGCUACAAUCUGCCAAGCUAUGAAUAUCUGUACAACCUGGGUGACCAGUACGCACUGAAAAUGAGAUUAGUUGACCACGUGUAUGACGACCAGGUUAUUGACGACAUGACUGUGAAAAUCAUUCUGCCAGAAGGGGCCAAAAACAUUCACUUGGAAACACCUUACAAAAUCGAUCGCAUGCCCAACCAGCUGCAUUACACGUACCUGGACACGUUUGGCCGACCAGUGUUGGUGGCCACAAAAAGCAACCUGGUGGAGCAACAUAUUCAGGAUUUUGUGGUUCAUUAUACCUUUAAUAAGAUCCUGAUGCUGCAGGAGCCUCUCCUGGUUGUCGGAGCRUUCUACAUCCUCUUCUUCACCGUGAUCAUCUACGUACGUUUGGACUUUGCCAUCACAAAGGAUCCUGCAGCCGAGGUGCGGAUGAAGGUGGCCUCCAUCACAGAGCAGGUGCUCACGCUGGUCAACAAACGUCUGGGUCUGUACCGACACAUGGACGAGGUGGUCAACCGCUACAAACAAUCCCGCGACACCGGCGCGCUCAACAGCGGCCGGAAGACUCUGGAGGCCGACCACCGGCAGCUGACCAACGAGAUCACCUCGCUGCAGGCCCGCCUCAAGACCGAGGGCUCCGACUUGGCUGAAAAGGUGGCAGAGGUGCAGAAGCUGGAUGGGCAGGUGAAGGAGCUGGUGUGCCGCUCCUGCUCGGAGGCGGAGCGUCUGGUGGCGGGUAAAGUCAAGAAGGAGGCGUACAUCGAGAGCGAGAAGAAUCUGACCAGCAAGAGGCAGGAGCUCAUCGGCCGCAUCGACAGCCUUCUGGACGCCCUCUAAACUCCCGCAUUCCGCUCAGAAACACACAAGCCCCGCCCCCUACCACCACCACGUUUAACAAAAACCAACAGUUCAACAAAAUGUGACACAGUUUACAGUUUUUCUUUUUUUUUUAUUUUAAUUUUUACCAUCCUCUCAUCCAGACACGAACUGUUAACUCUCAUCUUAUUGUAGUGAUGGGUGAUCUGGACACGUGCCUUUGGGUCUGGUGAUAAACUGUGGUCACUGCAUGCUCCGCUCCAAAGCAGCUACAUCGCAGCUUUUUGGCUUUUUAGUUUCUGUAUUUUAUUUGAGCUAACCUCAAACCUUGCUCCACCGGGCUCAGAUUUGACUCUGUUUUUUUUGUUCAGAUCAAGUUUUUUUUUUUUUUUUUUUUUGUGUUAUUAUUUUUUUAACCAUAAGGAAUGUAUGGUUAGGGUUCUGAUUUGGUAAUGAAUAGUUAAAGGGCCAAAGUGUUUCUGGUUUCAUGUCUUUACUCACAUAUACUGUAUUCUAAAACUGAAAUAUUUUUUUGGCUUUAAGUGUGAAAACGAUGGUAUUUUCUAAUCUUUUUUUUUUUUUAUUUGCCCUGGACUGUCAUUUUUAUUUGACCCUCUGAUUCUGUCCUUGUCAACUUAUGUUUUUGAUGGACUCGCUUGGUCAUAAUUUCUACAUUUUGUAUGAUUUUUUUGUUUUGUUUUCUUAUUUGGGACAGUGAGAUUAAAAACAAGAAAAGAGAUUAGAUUGUAUGAGAGAAAAGACAUGAAUGAUGCAAAACAGGCAUUUGUCAAAUAAUGCAAUGAUGUGGGUCACUGUCAAAUUUGGAAUAAAGUUUUGAGAAACUCA